UCCAUUAUCCAACCUGGACGACGAGCAGCAGAAACACCGUAAAUCACAACCGCUUUUCCACAAUGUUGUUCCACCAAAGGAUAAAACUUUGGUACAGGAUUACGUUACAGGUGAUGCUCUCCAUCACCUGCUGGGGCGUGUUAACCUCCAAAUGAGAACUACAGUUUUGACGAAUGUAAUGGAAAGCGAAACACAAACUACUGAGAGAGAGACACCACCGCAGCACUGGAGAAGUUGCAAACUGAUUAUUGACCCUGCGCUGACAAAAGGACUGUACAAAGUGUACCGUUAUGAUGGGCAAUAUUUUAACAUACCCGUUGAGGACUUAGGUCUGUUUCCUGUGGUUACACUCAGAGAUCCGCGCAUCUGCCGCCUGUGGAGCAAAUGCAACAAGACUGACCUUGUAGUGCCUAAAUUUAAGGUGGAUGAAUGGUAUGUUGAUCCUGUGCCUCCCAAGGAAGUGACAUUUUCCAGGCUGAAUGACAAUGUAAGGGAGGCAUUCUUGACUAAUAUGUGCAAAGAGUAUGGGAACACUGAAGAACUAAAAAUAUUUUACAACCCUAAGAACAAGAAGCAUUUAGGGAUUGCGAAGGUCAUCUUUGACACAGUAAAGUCUGCUAAAGACGCUGUUCAGCACCUCCAUCAGACAUCAGUGAUGGGGAAUAUUAUCCAUGUGGAAAUUGAUCCUAAAGGUGAAAACAGGGCUCGAUAUCUCCAGCUCCUCUUACGUGGCCUUUAUACUCCAUGGACUUUGCCAGUGGGCAGCAGUGACCAAGCGCUUCAAAGCUUAGUUGACAGUCUUCUGGACAGUGCAGCCACACAGAGACAGGGCAGUGUCUCUAGUCCCACUAGCAUUGCUACACCCCUCUCUCUGGACACAGCCUACUCCAGUAUUUGGCAGGAUACGCCUUGCAGCUUUGGGCUUACACCACAUUCUCAGGGAACCCCCCGAACUCCUUGCUUGUCUGCAACUCCUCUCUCCCAGGACUCUUGCUACUCCAGUCUUCAGGCGACUCCAGUCCUCCAGGGGGAGCCCUACAGUGUUCUCAAACCUUUAAGACGAGAGCUCUGUCGCCGUAAUCCUGCCAGGUAUCACAGGAGAUUUGGUGACACUUCAGACGCCAGCUUACUUUUGAAGCAUUGCCAGCCACAGCCACCACACCCUGUCUCUAGCCAAAUACCAGCUAGCAGCCACCAGACUGCUGGGGGUCAUAAUGCACAAUCAUCUACUCACAGCAAUACAGAACCUUCUUUUCACCUCACCUCCCCCUGUCAGGAGUCCAGAGACACGGCCACCGCUACCUUUAAGGCUUUACCUCUGAACUGCAACUCUUUUAGCAUCCUGAGCGUUAAUUUCACAGCUGAUGAGCAGACAGCAGCAUCUUCCCCACCUGAUGACCCAGCAUGCAUUACAGACUUAUCUCCAUCUUUUAUUAACUGUCCCUCCAGCAGCCCACAGCCACAGGUGGAGAGCCUUGACUCCCGCAUUGAAAGUUUACUGAUAAACAGUCAGAGUACUGACCCCUCAUACUUUGAUGGAAAAAUUCUGGAAGCUGAUGUUCACUCUCAAAAUAGCCCAACUUCACCUUGCUCAGCUAAUAGAUCCCCUUUCUCAGAUGACUCAAUAGUUGGCACGCCAGCUUCUUGUGGAUCCUUCACAACCAGCCACCAGUGCUACUACAAUGAUCUGGUGGAUGCCAGUCCAACAGUGCUCACUGAAAAUGAAGGGGAUGAAACUGCUCAAGCUGUUUCUUUUCUCACAAGAAAUUCCCAGUCUCCCACUCUAUCUGACUCCUCACAGUUUGAAAGAAGGGCUCACGUAAAAAACAAAAAAGAUGCAGAAAGGUUUCAGUCAUUAUCAUCUUCAAAGGAGCUUCAUGCAACAAAUGAGGAUACGGAGCACUCAAACAACAGACACUCUGGCACUUUGACACCGAUACAGGAGUUCAUCUCUCCUCCUCAGCCUCCCUCGUUUUCUUCUCUCAAUGGCACCACUCAGCAUCUUACCGCCAAAGUGCCUCCUGCCAUUACAGUUGGACACCCCCCUCCACCAAUCAAUACUUUCCCUUUUGCUGUUCCUCCCUUUCCCCCAUCUGUUCCACCUGUCCCACCUCGCCUGCCAAACGGCACCAUCCCCAUCCCGCCUCCAGGCUGGAUCCCCCUUCCAGGUCAUCCCCACACUGGCAUCCCCAUUCCUCCUCCCCCAAUUCCGCCUCCUCCUUCUAUUCCUCCCCCAGCAACUUUUCUAGUACCCCCACCACCCUUGAUAGUGCCUCCUUCUCUUCCACCUUCUGUGCACACAUACCCUUUGUGCAUGCAACCUGCAAGCCACUUGGAUAAGGGGCAUAACAGUGCACCUUUCCCUCGACCACCCUGGCCUGCUCCACAUUUUCCCAGGUUUAACCCCUUUGUGCCACCUCCAGACUUCUCACUUGUGCAAGAAAACCCUCAUAAGGUCACAAUAGAGAAGGUUUUAGAAGUCCUCAUGGAAGAAAUGAGGUCAAUCAUUAAGAAGGACAUUACACGUAGAAUGAUUGAAGGGGUCGCUUUCAAGGCAUUUGAGGACUGGUGGGACUGUCAAGAGAAGAAAACAAAGAUACAAGUUUCUCCCUUGAAAUGUGGAGCGAGAAGUGUGCAAGAGAGGAAGAAGCUAAUAAAUCCCCUCAAUCACAUCACUGGCCAGACCAAAAAACCUCCACUGCCAUCCUUCAAGGUGAAACGGAAGAAAGCGGAUGUUCCUGGUACAUCGGAAGAUUCUGAUGUGAAACAUGGGGAUGACAUAGUGAGACCUAGACGCAGACAUGCAAGACCACACGAGCUUGACAGUGACGAUGCUGCUGAUGAUGUUGAUGAUGACAGGAAAGAAGAAGACAACAUGUUUCAAGAUGAGGAAAUAAUACCUGAUGAUGCUCUUGAAAUCCUGUGUGACAGGAAUGCUGGUCGUGGUGGUAAUGAUCCUGAGGAGGAGAAUGAGCCAACACAAAAACACACUGAGGAAGAUGAGUCCAUCAUCUUCCAAACUACUGAUGGAGUGCAGUGCUCAGAUAACGAGAGUGAGUACUCAUCAGAAUCCGACUCCUCUGACUCACUCUCUUCGGAGAGCUUUGAGGACUCGUCCUACUCUGACCUAAGUCCUGAAGAUGAAGACAUGGAGGAGGACAGUAAGGACAAUAGGAGUGAUGUGUGUAUAGUGAUAUCAUCAGAUGAAGAGUCCGUGGAGCUUGAGCCCCCUCUGACCCCCUCAGCCCCGCUAACCCCUGGUGCUCAGCUGGGCCUGGGCCAUCAGGACUGGUCAGAUCCGUUUCAUAGGGAGGAAACAGAGGAAAACCAGUACCAAGACACUUGUGACUUGGAUGCCAUGAUGGAGCUCCAAACCAGCAAACCUGAGGACCUACAGCCCCCUUCACCUAUAGGACUUCCAGCAGUGGAACCAGACCUUGAUGUGGAGAUGGAGAGCACUGAAUGGAUGGUGGAGUCUUUAGAGAACGUAGAAAACCUGAGGCCUGUCACUCCUACUGGCUGCUUGGUGGACAGUGAUCCUGACCUUGUGAUAAAAAGCAAACCAACAUCUCCAGCUGUGGAAGAGGUGGAAAGACCACAAACACCAGGCAAGGGCAUAGUGGCUGAACUGGAAAUUGAGGACUCUGACGAAGUCAAUGAAGUCCUCUCGCUCUUCCCAGCAAGUGGUGAGCUCAUUCGGGCACCCAGUGACCUCCCAGCAGCCUCAUACCUGUUAUACCAGGAGAUACCUAAAACUCCUGGUAGAGAGGAGAGAAGUGGAUGGACUCAGUACAGCUCUGGGAGAAUUCCAGCAACUCCUGGCAGAGAGAUGCCAAUGUCAGAAGGUAGCACAGAGAUGUGCCCAUCUCUUAGCAGCCCACCACCUAUUUCAUCCCUGUCCAGCAAUCCAUAUAUCACAGCUCCAAAGACUCCUGGAAGAGACAUUAUCCUACCCCGAAGAGCUAUAGUCCACAGGAGGAAAACAAAAGUGGAGGCCACCUCACUGCCUUUCUUAUGUGCCGAUUCUGUCAGAGGCUCUCCUAUCACAGUGUCCUCUCCAUGCAGCCUCUCUGAGUCUUCAUCUGACACUGCUGAUGGGAGGGCUGUUUGGAUCAGUUCAGGUGUGAAAACAAAGCCUUUGCAGGGACUGGAGAAUAUGCCUGGCCUUUUGGAUGAGGAGAAAUCUAUACUCAGGCGAAAACAGUGGAGGAGGCUAAAGAGGAGAUGGAGAACCCAUCAUCAGCACAGAUCAUUUAAAAGAAUCACUGGUUCACUCUCUUCUCACAGUUGUCCUCGCAGGUGGCGUUCACUCUAUGAAGAGUGGAAAAUCCUUCACAGUGUUUGGAAACAGGGCCUGGAUGAAGAGGAUGCAAGGCUGCUGCAAUGCACAUAUGAAAGGCUGGAAGAGCAGGAUAAUGGUUUUGGGUGGCUCAGAGACACCCACUGGGUACCUCACCCUCAUAUCCAUUUUAUCAGUUUCAUGUUAAAAUUAAAUGAGAUCAAAGCGAACAUCCUUAACUGCUGCUCACUGACUAAAGUCCUACUGAAAUACCUCAACAACACAAGGCUGACCACGGAGCUUCCAUCUACAAGUAUUCAGGGAAAGUGCAUCCCAGCCCAGCAACCCACCUCACUGCGUGCUGGCUCUGACUUCAGGUCUGAACAGCGCCGCCUGCUGUCCUCUUUUAGCUGUGAUAGUGACCUGGUCAAGUUCAACCAGCUGAAGUUUCGAAAGAAGAGGAUUCGUUUUAGCCGGAGUCACAUCCAUGAGUGGGGCCUGUUUGCCAUGGAGCCAAUAGCAGCAGAUGAGAUGGUGAUCGAGUAUGUGGGCCAAAUCAUCAGACAGGUCAUCGCUGACAUGAGGGAGCAGAGAUACGAGGAGGAGGGCAUUGGAAGCAGCUAUUUGUUCCGGGUUGAUCAGGACACCAUCAUUGAUGCCACUAAAUGUGGGAACUUAGCCAGGUUUAUUAACCACAGCUGCAAUCCUAACUGCUAUGCAAAGAUCAUCUCUGUGGAGUCUCAGAAGAAGAUAGUGAUAUACUCCCGUCAGCCAAUAAGCGUCAACAAAGAGAUCACAUAUGACUACAAGUUUCCCAUUGAGGAAACAAAGAUUCCUUGUUUGUGUGGAGCAGAUAGCUGCCGAGGCUCCUUGAACUAAUUUCUAAUGAAAUGUCAUACUGAUCCCAAGAGCCAGCUUUGUAUGAGGUAUAUACAUUAUAAACACGGACACUGGAUAUGUGUCAAAAAGCCAUUUUAAUCCACUUCCAAACUGUACAGUCAGUAACUGCGGAGACCCUACAGGAGCUCAGAAAAGCACUGCAGCAUGCUGGAGAAUGGCUGAAGAGUGGUGGUGGUGCAGUAUAGUGAACACUGAUUUAAUAAACUGGCCUAAACAGCACUUAGGAAUGGGACCAAGCACUUGGAGCUUUACUUUAUCAGUGGAAGUCUGACAUGGACCGAUAAGCACUGGAAACCGCUGCUAAAAGAAAGUCCUCAUUUUAUUGGAAAACAAAUAUUACAACAUUUGUAUGUUUGGUUGUUCAUGAAUACAUGGCAACCAUUAUUUCAAACAUUGCAAUUGUUGUUCCUUCCAACACGGAGGGAAAAUCGGCCACUACAAACAUCAUGCUAAAGGCCUCAGUUACAGUGACAUGUCUGCUGAAAUCAUUGUCUAAAUGAUAAUACAUGUAUAGUUAAAUGUUUUCAUUUUGGAAAGCUUAAAUAAGUGUUUUGCUUGAGUCAAGCUUCUGUCAGUAAUAUUGGUUUUCUUUAAUAUUUUACAAGAAGAAACAACUGCAUUAUGAAUGCUAAUUUGUGAUGUACUCGUCUUACUAAUGAAGUAACAUAAAAUAAACACUUCCAACAGAUCGCUG